AAGAAAGAAUUAGAAAGAGGAAGAUUGUGGAGUGUUGUUAAAUAGCAGCUAUAACAGUGCUAGAAUUUGAAUAAAUUGAUAUUGUUCGGUGAUACACUGUUUGGUACAAAAUAUUGUGAAAUAGCGCUGCUAUAAUGUAAGUCGAAUUUGAACAAAUCGCUUUUAUCCGCUAUUCAUAAUUGACAACAUAGUAGUGAGCUUAAAUUGAAACAUAGAUAAGAUGCGUAACUAUAACUAUUUAGUUGUUUAUUGAACAUUUUUACUAUGGGGUCACUUUAUUUGUUACCAAUGUUGUCAAUCACAGAUAUCGGAAAAUAGCGGACUAAUAAAAUUUGCUGGUGUGUGCGCUUUGUCCUAACUCGGCUACAAUAUAGUGGUAUAGUGCCGCUAUAGUUGUUAUUUAAAAACACUGUUUGUUACUUUUUAAUGUUCAAAGAUUUUCUUUUGAUGUUUUGAUCAAAUUUUUAGCAUUAAUAAGCCGCGGUUUAAGUUGGCCAAGUCUUUUUUCUAAGUGAAUUUGAAUAGGGAGGGGCUCUGUUAUUUUGUUUAGAGUAAAUUAUGUAACAUCUGAUAAGCUCAUAGGAUUGAUAACAGUGUCUUACAGUGACACUUACACAUUGAUCUUGUUACGCUAUUAAGGAUUUCAGGAAACUAUUUAGGAUUUCAGGAAAUACCACAUUGUGCUUGUGACAUUUGCUUCAAAUACUAAAUAUUGUGGUGAGAAAAAAAGAGAAGUUAAAAUAUUGCAUCCAGGUUGGGGAAGGUAUUAUUUGAAAGAAGUAUGAUAGUUAAUAAGAAAUGAGAAAAAAUGAAAAUGGAAAAACAAAUCCUUUUACAAUUAAAUGUUUGUAUAAAAGUUAUUGAAUAUUUUUGUACUACUAUACACUGUCUGUAGGAAGGAUCCAUCUCCUCUGAAACAGACAAUUCACUUGAAACAAUUAAGGAAAUAAUCUCAACAAUUGAUCAUGGGUGUUAAACUUAACAUUUCUUAUUUUGCCAUCAGAAAUAAGAGUUCAAUGUAGAGGAAUUAAGGGAGGGGUUACUGAAUUAUUUUAAAGAAGUUAGAAAAAUGUUUAUUAGUGUCACCCUGUAGAGGUGUCAGGAUGAUUUUCUUUUCUAAAUGCUAAAUAAAUUUUCGAUAUCUAUUUAGUAGGAAAAUGGUGGUCUAUGGUUAAUGAAUAUUUGAUGCUUAAAUGAUGCAUUUUAGAUUAGUCUUCUUUGAUUUUUUUUUUUCUCGAGUUCAUCCUGAAUCAUGGACUUUUCUAUUUAAACAUCUGAUCUUUGAUCAUCAAUUUUUGUGUCUAUUAGGUUGUGUUACCACUUUUAGAUGAUUUCUGAUUGCAAGCUUAUUUAAAUUUAUUAUAAUUAUGUUUUCCUCUUUACGAGUUUAUGGCACAUCAAGAACAUUGUUGGAAUUUUCUCUAACAUAUAGUUGUUGAUUAUUUCUUGUGGCUUGAUAAAGCAAGAAGAUGUUUGCCAAGGGUUUUCAUCAUGGUGGGAGUACUUGGAGAGAUAUACCAAGAAAUUCUUCAUCAGUUUUCUCGAACAUUCCGCCAAAGAGAUGUUUUGAUGAAUUAAGCAAUCAAAUAGGAUUCUCCUCAGACUGGCGGUAUCAUCCUGAAAUGGUAUACAACCGUAAUUGGAUAAGAAGAAAAAUUUUUGAAAUCAUUCAGAAUGAGCAACUUGGGCCUGCGCUGGAAAUAUUGCUACUUACCAAUGCUGCUUCAAAGGAGGAAUAUAUGAACCUGGAGACAUUGAAUCAGCGUGUGCAAGCUCUACUGGGUGUUCCUAAGUCCUAUAAUACUGGUUACUAUGGUGUGCAAGAAGCGGGAAUAUCUCAUCCUUCUAUUGCUCAUAACCUGCCUUGUUUUCCUGGUGAUGGUUCAUCUAUCCCUCCAGUUGCUGAUAUGGAUGUGCUUUCUAACUUACCUGUUUCUUAUGGUGGAUUCAAUCUGGAUGCCAACACCAGAUCAACUAGCAACUAUUUUUCUCAGCAACACUCAAAUAAUUUGGAGAUGGAUCUGACAAAAUACAAAGAUUGUUUUCCUACUACAAUGGGAAGAUCCCUCCAAUCUGAAGAUUCAAGUUUUAUGUUCUCUCAAUCUGCCUCAGUGAAUACUUCGGAAGAUACAAUGCAAUAUCAACCACAGAAGUUGGAUUUUCAGAAGAAUUCCACUGUAAGACAUGUUGUUAAUGAUGUCCCUUCUGAUAAUACUGAAUACAUACUACGACCUGCCAAAAUACCGAAAAUGAUGGAUUCAGGUUUUGGUGUAUCUUCGACUAACCAUCCAAGUUUUGAUCAAUGGAAUAAUGGGAUGGUUCAACCUUAUUCUUUUCAACCACAUCCAGAAGUGCAGCAACAUUCAGAAUUUCCCCUCUCUUCUCUCCAUUAUGAGAGUAAUGUGGAACAAAUUACAAAUCCAAUUUUUCAUUUUGCGGGAGUUAAGGGGAUAAACAACAAUGUAAUGGUUGAUACAUUUGGACAGCCCGGGCUUGAAAGCUAUGAUGUGAUGGAUAGCAACAACUUAAAGAAUAUUGUCACGGGUAUAAAGUCCAGGAUGCAAUAUCUCGACAUGGAUCCUAUUCCUACUAAUGGAGAGGAUAUACAAGGCAGAACUGAAUUUGACCACGGCAUCAGAUUAAAUUCCAGUAUGCCUACUCUCACCAAGGAGCCUAUUCCUACUGCAUUCUGGACAAAUGCCAAAAAGAAAGCCGAUGAGGUAACAUUUGAUCAAGAGAAGCUAACAAAGUCCUCAGUUACAACUGUUAGUGGGAAAACGAACUACGUGAUUUAUGAUUUGACUUCUGAGCCUAAAAUGAUUCCCUCGAAAGGCUUAGAAGCUGGUCGAAUAUCAUAUGAGCCAGAUUCCCUAAUCUAUGGCAUGAUAGACUGCCGAAAAUCAGUGGAAGUCGACCGUGUCCCAGAACUUAUUACAAUUGAUGGUGAUGAUGAUGAAGAGGACAUACAAGGAAGAAUUGGAUUCAACCACGAGGGGACAGACGCUAAAGAGAAAGUGAGUGAACCAAAAGUUGAUCAAGAGAAGAAAGAUCUUGAAAGCCAUGUCGUGAUAGACAGUUGCAAAUCAAUGGAAAUUGACAUUGGGUCGAAUUCGAAUAUACCUGCUCUCAUAAGCAAGGUUGCUAUUCCUAUUGAUGUAGAUGACAAACAAAAUAAAAUUGGAUUCAACCAAGAGGGGACAGAUGCUAAAGAGAAAGUCAGUGAACCAACACCUGAUCAAGAGAAGCAAACAAAAUUGUCAAACACAAUUGUUGAUGCUGUUUCCUUGAUUGAUUUGUUCACACGUGAUCAAAUUACAGAACAUAUUAAUAGUCUCAGAAAGGAAUCUGUUCUGAUUACUUCUGAGGAGGAAGCAGGGACUGAAGCAAACACAUGCCAAUUAUGUGAAAGGAAAAAGCUUUACUUUGCACCAGUACCAAUUGUUUGUUCAUGUUGUGGCAUACGCGUCAAGAGAAUAUAUUUCUGUAGAAAAGAAGAAUUGGAUGUACAGGGUUGCAUUUGCUCCAUGUGUUACAAGACUUCUAAAGGUGGGAAAAUCACAUUCAAUGGGACAUCUAUUUCUAAGAAAAAUCUCGAAAAAAGGACUAACGAUGAAGUACUUGAAGAACCGUGGGUUGAAUGCAAUAAAUGCAAAAGAUGGCAACAUCAAAUAUGUGCACUCUACAACAACAGAAGAGAUUUGGAUUGCAGAGCUGAGUAUAUAUGUCCUAUAUGCCGCUCAAAAGAAAUUGAAAAUGGAAAGCAUGCUCACUUACUGAAGGCUGCUAAUUUUGGUGCUAAGGACUUGCCAAGAACCGUGCUAAGUGACCACUUAGAAAAAAGACUUAUUGAGUGUCUCAUCCAAGAGAGAGCAAAGUGGGAAAAUGUUGAAGGGAACGAGAAUCUUGAUAAGGUUAUAGCUGCAAAAGGUCUUUCUAUUAGAGAAGUGUUAUCCGUCGACAAACAAUUGAAAGUGAAUAAGCAGUUUCUGGAUAUCAUUCCAGAGGAGAAUUACCCUGCUGAAUUCUCUUAUAGAUCAAGAGUUAUUCUUCUGUUUCAGCAGAUUGAAGGAGCAGAUAUAUGCAUUUUUGGAAUGUAUGUCCAGGAGUUUGGCUCUGAAUGCGGAAAUCCGAAUCAGCGUUGUGUAUACAUUUCAUAUCUUGAUUCUGUCAAGUAUUUUAUGCCUGAAAGAAGGACAAAGAGUGGAGAAGCCCUUCGUACCUUCGUUUACCAUGAGAUAUUGAUUGGAUACCUUGAUUUUUGUAAAAAAAGGGGUUUCCUGACUUGCUACAUAUGGGCCUGUGCUCCUUCAAGAAAAGGGGAUGAUUAUAUACUAUAUUGCCACCCCAAAGAGCAAAAGACUCCGAAGAAUGAUAAGCUACGCCGGUGGUAUCUUUCAAUGUUAAAAAAGGCUACUGAAGAAAAUAUCGUUGUUGGUUUAACCAACGUAUAUGAUCAUUUUUUUGUUGCUGCUGAGAAAGGGGACUCCAAGGUGACAGCUUCUCGUUUGCCAUACUUUGAUGGAGACUGCUGGUCUGGUAAUGCUAUGGAAGCAGCCAAGACCAUUGAAAAAGAGUGUGGAGGAGACUAUGAAAAGAUGUUGAAGGAACAAGUGCCAAAUAGAGCUUUAAAGACCAUGGGACAUGCCAAUCCUUCCAAAGACACUGCCAAAGACAUUUUAGUGAUGCGAAAAGUUGGCCAAAAUAUAUGGCCUACCAGGGAAAGCUUCCUUAUAGCUCACUUGCAAUAUGCAUGCAUACACUGCCGUGAAGUGAUAGUGUCUGGGAAGCGAUGGUUUUGCACUGAAUGCAAGGAAAUUCAGGAGUGCGAAAGAUGCCAUAGUUCUGAUGCACACCCUUCAAAGAAUGGUGACUUGCAUACACUUUGUCAGGCCGUUGUUGAUGAUAUCCCCUCCAACACUAAACAUAAUGAUAUUGUCCUUGAGAGUAGAUUAUUUGAAAAUAGGGAUAACUUUUUGAGCUUCUGCCAGAAGUCUCAGUUUCAGUUUGACACACUCCGUCGUGCCAAGUAUUCCUCGAUGAUGGUCCUUUACCAUCUACACAAUCCUACUCUGAUGACUGUUGUAAAAUGUUGUAGCAUCUGUAGUGCACGCAAUGUAUUCCAAAAGAGCUGGAAAUGUGAGAUUUGUCCAGAGUGUACCAUUUGCUCUGCAUGCUAUAAGGAUAGAGGUGCUGACUGCCAUGAACACAAGUUGACUCAAAAUGAACACAAGCUCACUCAAAAUGAACUCAAGUUGACUCAAAAUUAUUCAAGACCAAUAUAUCAAUCUGGGAAUCAGGAGUCAAAUGAGAAAAUGAUGGUGAAACUGCUGAACGUUUUAAAGCAUGCAUCUCAAUGCCGUGCAGAUAAUGCUGAACCUUGCUCUCAUCCAAACUGUUCUCAAAUCAAGAAGCUGUUCUCUCAUGCCAGUAGGUGCGAAAUUCGAGUGAAUCGGGGCUGCCAGCAGUGUAAAAAGAUAUGGUUUAUACUUGCUGCUCACUCUAGGAAUUGCAAAGACUCGGAGUGUAGCAUUCCACGGUGCAGGGAUCUAAAGAAGCAUCUAGAAUCGAAAGCAAUGCAUUCCGAAUCUUGGCGUGGAACUGCAGUUUUUGAAAGUGACAAAGCAGUCGUUGAUCAAUGAAUCUUUGUGAAUAUAUAGAAGCGUUUUAAAUUUCGUUGAAUAAGUGUAUAUGAAAAAAACAGUUCAACGUAAGUGUUGAGAUUUUCAAGUUUCCUUUUAUGGGUAUAUAAUUUUGAUUAUGUAUAUACAUAGAUUAGGAUUGCAAUAGCCUUAUAUUUAAUCUCUUAAAACAAGAGAAUCAAUUUUGUAUUGCUGUGAAUAUAUACAUUCAAUGGUUGAGAGCCUAAGCUCCAACUACUCUAUUUAUGUCUCCCAUUUUUAAGAGACUUGAAAUUAGAGAUUCAAUUUUGUAUUGUUGUGAAUGCAAAUUCAA